AUGAUCAAGACGACAAGGAGUCUCUUGAUGGGAAGAAGUUGCCACAAACGAGUUACGUUCGCCUGCGUGGUCUGCCCUAUUCCGCGAAAGAAAGCGACAUUCGUAAUUUCUUCGAGGCAGUCACAAUGGCCGACGCCCAGUGGAGAGUGCUAUUGCGAGUUGCCUUCGAAGAAAGAUGCUCUCAAGGCUUUGGAUCUUCACAGGAAGGAAAUGGAAGGCAGAUAUAUUGAAGUGUUCACCGUGUCCAACGAUGAACUUACCAAUCUGAAGCGCGUUGGGAUUGUCUCGGAUGAUGGGACAGUAAUCCGCUUGCGCGGGCUGCCAUUUUCCGCUUCCACACAGGACGUGAGGACUUUUUCAAAG